AGGUGGACCCUGCGCGGCCGCGUGAUUUUCACUGACACACUCACUAUUACAUUGGACAAUGCUGCGAGUCAGAUGUCUGAGAGGAGGUAGCAGGGGGGCCGAGGCUGCCCAUCUGAUCGGAGCCAUGAUCGGUCGGUCAGUCACUGGCUGGGUGCAGAGGGCUUUUGAGAGCUCUUCCAGUGCAGCAGCUGCACAGACCCGUCAUGCAGUUGAAGAGGAACAUGUUACUGAGCCAGUGCAGCAGGAAUGCCCUGUCUGCAGCCACAAUGAAUGGGACCCUCUUGAGGAGGUGAUUGUGGGCCGAGCUGAAAACGCCCAGGUGCCUCCAUUCACUGUGGAAGUGAAAGCUAACACAUAUGAGAAGUAUUGGGCCUUCUACCAGAAGUAUGGGGGCCAGUCUUUUCCUGCGGACCACUUAAAAAAAGCUGUUGCUGAGAUUGAUGAAAUGUGCAAUAUUCUGCGUCAUGAAGGUGUCACAGUGAGGAGGCCAGAGCCCAUCGACUGGUCUCUGCAGUACAAAACUCCUGACUUUACAUCUACAGGAAUGUAUGCAGCCAUGCCUAGAGACAUCCUUAUGGUUGUGGGAAAUGAGAUUAUUGAGGCUCCGAUGGCCUGGAGGUCUCGUUUCUUUGAGUAUCGAGCUUACAGACCUUUGAUCAAGGAGUACUUCAGAAAAGGUGCCAAAUGGACCACUGCUCCGAAACCCACCAUGGCUGAUGCUCUGUAUGAUCAGGACUACCCCAUACGCACCGUGGAGGACAGACACAAGUUGGCCGCGGAGGGGAAGUUUGUGACCACAGAGUAUGAGCCCUGCUUCGAUGCUGCAGAUUUUAUCCGAGCUGGGAAGGACCUUUUCGUCCAGAGGAGUCAGGUUACAAACUACAUGGGAAUCGAGUGGAUGCGUCGCCAUCUGGGCCCUGACUACAACAUUCACAUCAUCUCCUUCAAGGACCCGAACCCCAUGCACAUCGACGCCACUUUCAACAUCAUUGGGCCGGGCUUGGUGCUGUCAAACCCCGAUCGUCCGUGUCGCCAGAUUGACAUGUUCAAGAAGGCUGGCUGGACUAUUGUGAAACCUCCAACACCUCAGAUUCCUGAAGAUCACCCACUGUGGAUGUCCUCCAAAUGGCUGUCCAUGAACGUCCUCAUGUUGGAUGAGAAACGUGUCAUGGUUGACGCCAAUGAAACCACCAUUCAGAAAAUGUUUGAAAGCCUUGGUAUCAAGACCAUAAAGGUGAACAUUCGUCAUGCCAACUCCUUGGGUGGUGGCUUCCACUGCUGGACAACCGAUGUCCGCCGCCGUGGUACCCUGCAGUCCUACUUCCAUUAGCCUUGCCAGAAAUAGACAGUUUCUAUUGAGCUUUGAAAAUUAAAGCCUCAUUCUGGAGUCGUAAGCCCACCGUAAUGAACUUUUUUUUUUUUUUUUUUUUUUUUUUUGCUGUCUGUCAAUCAACAGCAAACACGUCGGUAAAAGAGAGGCAAAACCUUAUGCAAUUAUCAAAACGUGCAUUUUAUUUGUAGUUGGUCUCAUCUGAUGCAACUCAAAAUUUAACACAGUAUUUUUUCAAAUUUGUGAGGAAAUUAAAAAAGAAACUGAGGCAAAUCAUUACAGGUGGCAUCAAAACCUCUUUUUUUCCGGAUUGUUUCUUUAUGUCCUAAGUGAACAUUUGUGGAUUGUUUUGAUUUGACAUCGCUGUAUAUCACAGUGUCUUUGCAAACAGCUUUGUUCAGAGAUAAAUAGUAUGCUCAAUAGCAACAAAUGAACAUCACUUUUCUUUAAUCCAUAACCUCAAUAUGAACUGCAUUUCUGGCCUGGCUUAUACAUGCUUGUGGCUUACACAUCUGGAAGCCAUAGCUCUGAGGACAAGGUACAAUUUGGUAUGUGAAUGUCAUCUAACUAGGGAACAGGAGGAUAGAGACUACCUCCGCAUGAAAACUCAAAAACCACAGUAUGCUUCUUUUCCAAAAUAUUUUUUUUUUAUUUAAAGGAAUGUAUACAACUGUUAUGUAGGUCAUUGAACAAUUUUAAGUUUUUAUCAUUAGCUUAUUACUGUGAAAAGAUAAAAAAAAUUGAGCACAAAAUUGAGUACAAAAGGUUCUGUUUAUAUUUUUCAUAGUCUUUAUUGGAUUUCCCAACAAUUAGUGUUUUUAUAUAUAUAUACUUCAAAAUAUGUGGUCCAUAUCAGAUAUUGUAUACCUUUUGCCUCUGUUAUUUUCUUCUCUUGCAAAUCUGGGCCAGUUUUAUGCUACUAGUCAUUCUCACCGAACUGCUUUGCUGCUUUUGUGUGCAAACAAUGUCUUAAGAAUGUGUGAAGAUUUCUGGCUUAGGAUUCCUUUGCUGGAGACAGAGUG